AAGGACGAGCAGGACGAGCGCAUGGCGUGUACUUGGAUUGAAAGGAGGGGGGGGGGAUGAAGGGGGGGGCACACUUUGUCAAGAUCAAGGAGGUGAAGUCGGCCACACGCUCAGCUAGCAGAGCCUGCCUCAAGAACAACAUGUCUGACACAGAAGAGGUCAUGGAUGAAGAGACUCAGGAGGAAGAAGAUGACUCAAAGCCAAAACCAAAAUUCAUGUCAAACAUUACUGCCCCAAAGAUCCCGGAUGGCGAGAAAGUGGAUUUUGAUGACAUCCACAGGAAGCGUCAAGAGAAAGAUCUGUCCGAGCUGCAGUCACUCAUCGAGGCUCACUUCAUCCAGAGGAAGAAGGAGGAAGAGGAGCUCGUCGCCCUCGUCAACAGAAUUGAAAAGCGUCGUGCCGAGAGAGCGGAGCAGCAAAGGAUCCGAGCCGAGAUGGAGAAAGAGAGGCAGGCCAGGCUUGCCGAGGAGAAGGAGCGAAGAGAGCAGGAGGAGCAGCGCAAGAAGCAUGACGAAGACGCCAAGAAGAAGAAGGUCCUCUCCAGCAUGACUCAGCAGUACGGCGCCGGACAGAAGAGUGAAAAGAAAGGCAAAAAGCAGACAGAGAGAGAGAAGAAGAAGAAGAUUCUGGCUGAGCGCAGGAAGCCGCUCAACAUCGACCACUUGAGUGACGACAAGCUCAAGGAGAAGGCUAACGAGCUGUGGCAGUGGCUGAUGCAACUGGAGACGGAGAAGUACGACCUCAACGACAAGUUCAAAAGGCAGAAGUGUGACAUCAACCUCCUCCUUGUCCGAGUGCAGGAUCACCAGAGCACUAAGGGCCGUGGCAAGGGCAAAAUGGGAGCCCGGCUGAGGUAAAGAGGGAACAUCCUCAUCCCCAACCUGGGACACACCAAAACAGGACAUCGGUGUAUCGCCAAUCAUAUUUCAUAUCAAUAAACAAGCAUCUACUUCCA